UUCCCGUCUCUCUGUGCUGAAUGGCUGCGAUGGCGCCCGCUCUCACUGAUGCAGCAGCUGAAGCUCACCACAUCCGAUUCAAGCUGGCUCCCCCGUCCUCCACCUUGUCGCCUGGCAGUGCCGAGAGCAACGGCAACGCCAACAACAUCCUCCUGGCUGCCAACGGCACCAAAAGGAAAGCCAUUGCUCCGGAGGAUCCCAGUUUAGAUUUCCGAAACAACCCUACGAAGGAAGAGCUGGGCAAGCUGCAGCCGCUAGUGGCCUCUUAUCUCUGCUCGGAUGUAACAUCUGUUUCUUCAAAAGACCCUCUGAAGCUGCAAGGAGUCUUCAACAAGCAGACAGUCCUUAAAUCUCACUCUCUCUUAUCUCAGUCCUUCUUGAAAACAAGUGAUCUGUUGGGGAGGCAACCAGUGUUGGAAUUCACUUUGGAGAAUCUAAAAACAAUGAGUACUAAUAGCCAGCCACCUCUCCCGCAAGCGCCUGUAAAUGGCUUGGCCAAGAAAUUGGCCAAAAGUACCAAUUCAGACCAUGAAAACUCUAGUUCUCUGAAUGGUGGGAAGUGUGCUCCUCCUUCUGCUGUCCUCCAGGGUGUUGACUAUAAUGCAGGAGGUUCUGAACUGGGGGACUUGAAGACCGGGUUGACCAAUUGCACUCUUCCACAUAGAAGCCUUGAUGCAGAGCACACAACUCCAUUUAGCAAUAAUAGCACUGCAAACAAAUCUUCCCUUAAUUCCAUGGAGCAACAGCGGGUGCUCGAGGGUGGCAGUGGAGAGACUAGGUUGCCCGGUGUUGCUAGUCACUCUGACUUUGGGAGCAGUAAGUUGGAGGAGCAGAAACCUUCUCUGUUGGCCGGUCACCACAGUGCUCUCGACUCGGAGAUGAGGACGAGGGCAUUGCUGCGACGGCAGGCAGACAUUGAGAACCGUGCCCGCAGGCUGCAGAAACGCUUGCAGGUGGUGCAGGCAAAGCAGGUGGAAAGACACAUCCAGCAGCAGUUGGGUGGCUUCUUGGAGAAAACUCUGAGCAAGCUUCCAACUUUGGACCCCCUGAGGCAUCGGAGCCAGCUGAUGUUGACCAGGAAAGCAGAAGCAGCCUUGAGGAAAGCUGCGAGUGAGACAGUUACUUCAGAAGGCCUAAGCAGCUUCUUGAAGAGCGACUCAAUAUCGGAAGAACUGGAGAGAUUCACGGCCAGUGGUAUGGCCAACUUGAGAUCCAGCGAACAAGCGUUUGACUCGGAUGUCACUGACAGCAGCUCGGGAGGAGAGUCUGACGUUGAAGAAGAGGAACUGACCAAAGCAGACCCAGAACAACCCCACGUACCGCUGAGGCGAAGGGCAGAGUGGAGAUGGGCAGCAGACCGUGCAGCCAUCGUCAGUCGCUGGAAUUGGCUCCAAGCCCACGUCUCGGACCUGGAAUACCGAAUCCGGCAGCAAACGGACAUUUACAAGCAGAUUAGAGCAAAUAAGGGGCUGAUAGUUCUUGGUGAAGCAUCACCCCCUGAUCCUGCAGUAGAUGAUGCAUCCCGUCCCGUUAGUGCUGAAGUUAAGCUGGAGCCUGGGGCUGACCGGCUGAGUGUUUCUGGAUCCCAGCCACUGGAGAACUUGGGUAUUUCUGCUGCAAAUACUCCAGAAUCCCAUCCCGCCAAGCCCUGUGGAGCACCAAGACCUGUCAAUGGAGUUAUUAACACUCUUCAGCCUGGCCUGGCAGAACAUGCUCAGGGAGACGGCCAGGAAGCUGAGGAGCUCUUGCAUAAAAAGCAACGACUGAACAUGGUUUCUUCAUCUUCGGAUGGAACGUGUGUAGCAGCUCGCACUCGCCCAGUACUGAGCUGUAAGAAGCGACGACUUGUUCGACCUAGCAGCGUUAUGCCCCUUUCCAAAAAGGUCCAUCGUAAUAGCCUGGUGCGAUGUAGCUGUGAUGUGAACCCUUCGUGUGCUCUGUGUGGCACUCGAAGCUCGACAACUCUGGAAAUCCAGUAUGACGCCCCUUUGCUGGAGCGCCUCUCCCAGCUGGACUCGUGUAUCCAUCCUGUCCUGUCAUUCCCAGAUGAUGUGCCGACGAGCCUGCACUUCCAGAGCAUGUUGAAAUCUCAGUGGCAGAACAAACCCUAUGAGAAAAUUAAACCUCCCAAAAAGCUCUCGCUCAAGCACAGAGCCCCCAUGCCUACCAGCAGCCUGUCUGACCCUGCUCGCAAGGACCGCCACAAGCUGGUGAAUUCGUUCUUCACUGCAGCCAAGCGCUCACAUCAAAAAAUCCAACCAGACAAGGCACACAGGCCGCCUUUAGACGAUUUUACGGCCGUGUCCAAGGCCGAGAGAGCGCCAGAGCGCUCGCUUGUCCAGCCUCCUGCCUAUGACAAAAAGCGAUUGCGAGACUGCUCAUCUGAGAGGAGUGAAGUGUUGAAGCAUCACGCGGACGUUGGUGGCCCAAGCUACUUGUCAGCAGCUGUGACCCCCACACCUCACAGCCCUAUAGCGCGGCAACUGUCCACCUCCUCAGAAGGCUCCGCUCCUGCCAGCACGAGUUCACAGGGCACCUCCAGCACAGCCCAGCCAAGGAGGAGGAGAGGCGAAAGUUCAUUCGAUAUUAACAACAUUGUCAUCCCGAUGUCUGUUGCUGCGACGACUCGUGUGGAGAAACUGCAGUACAAAGAGAUCCUCACACCCAGCUGGCGCGAAGUGGAUAUCGGCGCUCUGAAAGCGAACUCUGAUGAAGACAAUGAGGAGAUCGAGGACUUGUCUGAUUCGGCCUUCGCUGCUCGGCAUGGCAAGUGCGAAGAGAUGGAGCGGGCCCGGUGGCUUUGGAGCACGAGCAUGCCCCCGCAGCGGCGGGGCAGCAGGUCUUACAGAUCGACAGACGGACGGACGACCCCCCAGCUGGGGAACCCCUCAACUCCCCAGCCGGCAUCCCCGGACGUGGGCAACUGCCACUCCCAUGCGGAGCUGUCCCACACCCACUCACCGCGCAGCCCCAUCAGCCCCGAACUGCUCUCUGCCCCCCUCACCCCCCUCUCCCGUGACUCCAUGCGGCUUCUGUCCAGCGAGGACACCCGUUGCUCCACGCCCGAGGCCGGCCUUGACGAGCAGGCAGUGCAGCCCUGGGAGCGACGCACCUUCCCACUCUCGUACGAUCCCAGGACAGAGUGCGAGGACCAAUCUGACCCCCAGGACCGGUUGUCGCGCUGCACCCGGCGCACGUCGGGCAGUAAAUCCUCCCGGGAGACCGAUGGCACUUCUGCUUUGCCCAGCCUGGCCAGCCUCAAGAGCCGAACCCCCCUGGCAACACCCUCCUCCUCCUCCGCAGCAGCAGCAGUCCAGCGGCCAGCGCACAGAUAGAGACAUACGGGAAGACAUGAGCAAAACCAACACACAGAACUAACUCUUGGCAUUAAAGCUUCCAAAAUCUGCGUUUGAUAUUCAAACAUCCUGCCGGGAAUUUUCACAGUUUUUAGUGAAUUUAAGGAGUUUAGAAACUGUUUUUUGUUUUCUUUUUUUUUU